GCUUGCUGAAUUCCUUUUUUUUUCGAUUGUAUGCACGUUGUGUUGUCUGGUCAUGGACCUGACGCUGCAACCAUCAUGAAGACGAUUCAACCUUCCGUUUUACCUCUAACCGCAAAGAAGCCGUGUGUUGCUGAACGUCCUCUUCCUGUCCCUCGGCCAUCCUUUCCAUACGCCAUGUCUCGUUCUUCUUCCCUGGAUCGCAUUUCCAGCUCCAACGAGUCGGACCCCACCGAUACUCUCAUCGAUACGCAAGCAACAUUCUCUACACCUAACACCCCUAGCAUCCCAUCGUCGUCUAUGGAAUUAUCGCUGUUGUCAACGGAAAACCCCGCGCUCAUGUCGCUGGCCGUCAGCAGCUUGAUGUCUCAUCUCGGCCAAGCCUUUGUCACUCAUAUCGAGAUACUCAAUCAGAAUCGAAAAACGUUUUGUUCAGAAGAAUAUCCGCUCAGUUUCACCGGUGAAGAGGCUAUUAAAUUAUUGAAACUCUUGUUACCUCAGCAACUCACGAGCAAAGAAUACCGCAACGUUGCCUGCGCUUUUUUCCACGCGACGCCACCUCUUAUUGCCCCGGUGCCUUAUUCGGAAAAGUCAAUCAAGAAGAACACGCUGUAUGACUCGUCCAAAGAGAUAUAUACUUUGGUCGAAGAUACCAUAGAAAAGGGAAUACCAGAAGCUGUUUAUCUUCCAUUGACCACAUGCUACACACCAUUGUGCUCGUUUCAACAAUCCGGUUGCUACGCACCAUGCUGCCCCAAUAGAAAGAAACAUGAAUCGGUGAAGCGUGCAGAAUCCAUGUCAUCCUCGGUCGCUUCUUCUUACGAUACGACCCUUUCGCGUGCUUGGUCGGCCACAGUACCUCGAGAGGUGCUUACCAGCAUCCCUGCAAAGGAAGUGAAGCGCCAGGAAGCCAUUCAUGAAUUGCUCUAUACAGAAGAAGACUAUCUUCGAGACUUGAAUUUGCUGGAUGAGUUGUUUGCCAAACCUCUCUUGUCAGCUCAGUGUCUGGAUCCGGAUACACGUGAAGAGUUUUGCCGCUAUGUGUUCAAUAAUUACGAAGUUAUUCUCAAUCUUCAUCGUGCCAUGUACCGAGAAAUGCGGGAUUAUCAAUCGCUGUGUCAGGCACGUAACAGAGUCGGGUUUGUCGAUCGCAUCGGCGAUAUCUUUCUUCGUCACGUCGCCAAUUUCAAGGACGCUUAUCUAACCUAUGGCCCGCAUGUCGUCUUGGCAGAAUAUGCUGUUAACCAAGAAAUGACGAAAAAUAUGCUGUUCCAGAAUUUCAUGCGCGAAAAACAGAGACAAGCCGAGACCAGAAGACUCGCCUUCCGUCACUUUCUUAUUUUGCCUGUCCCGCGAAUUCAGCGUUACAAACUGUUGCUCGAUGCUAUUCUCAAACAGACGCCCGCGGAUCAUCCCGAUCAGUAUGAUCUCACGCGAUGCAUUGAGCAGAUCGUCGCCAUCGUCAGCCAAAUGGAUCGAGCCACCGAGAAUAGCAAGAAAACUUUGCGACUGUAUCAGAUCAACGAUGCCAUUGAAUACAAAGCCGGCCGUUUCGUAGAUCUGCAACUGUUGGCUCCUGGACGACAGCUUUUGCACGAAGGACCACUGAAGCGGCGCAAACAUAUGGGCGUGGAGACCGUGGAUAUCCACGUGUUCUUGUUCGACCAUUUGCUCUUGAUGACCAAGCGCAAGAAACGAGCCAGUCACGCGGGAGCCGACAUGUAUCGUGUGUAUAAGCAGCCUAUUCCGGUUGAGCUCUUGAUGAUGCCCGAUCUUGUGGACUCAUUUUCUUUGAACCUGCGACCUAUGGGCAGCAGUUACGGUUUUAGCCGAUCCGACACUGUUCAAUCCGAUCGACCGAUGACUCCCUUGCCAACGGGUCAAGCUUCAUUGGUUGUGCGUCACUUGGGACGUCACGGAGCGGAUUACAUGCUCAUUGCCGAAAGCGAAGCAAUACGAUCUACGUGGAAAACCAAGAUUCUCGAAGCCAAGACAUCAUUGGAUAUUCGACGCGCCGAUCAAUAUGUGUGUCAACGCGUACCGCUGGCUUAUGCCAGUUUUGGGGCACCCAUGGGUGAGGUUCGCGGUGAUGUAACCUGUUCUAUCUCGUAUGUCGGAGCCAAUGGUCGGCCAAUGGUCGCUGUUAGCACGGCUCAAGGUGUAUGGAUGGGCAUUCCAAACGAACGAAGAAGUUUCCAACGUGUCUUGUCCGUUUCCAACGUUACGCAAAUCGGCGUGCUUCAAGAUCAUCACAUCUUUCUUGUACUGGCAGACAAGAUCCUUUCCGCGUAUCCUUUGUAUGUUUUGGACCCGACGGCCAUGGCUAGAAAACCGACUAGCGAACGUGUCGCUAGUCAAAAGCUGUCAUCCCACAGUAGCUUUUUCAAUACCGGUGUUUAUGGCGCACGUACGCUAGUGAUAUCCAUGAAAAAGAAGGGCAUGGACAGUCACUUCAAGACGUUUGAACCCGUGUGUGGGGAUUUGAGCGAUCCUAAAAAUGCCAAAUUCCUGACAUCCAAAUCCAGCUUUCUAAGCAAACCGCCUGCGUGGUUCCGAAUAUACAAGGAAUUCUAUAUUGGUGCGGAAUCGUCGGCUGUAUACUUUUUAAAGGCACGAUUGGUUGUGUUGUGUGUGCGUGGAUUUGAGAUUGUCGAUCUGGAUCAUCUGGACAUGAAUCGCAACCUUCCUGAUUUGCAAAAGCCAGCGUUCCAGUUUGUGACACAGAUCAACGAGGAAGCGAAGCCGCUGGGCAUGUUUAAAUGCAAGGACUAUUACCUCUUAUGCUACACUUCAUUUGCAUUUCUGGUCGAUAGUCGCGGCGAUUUCGUCAAGCACCCAGCCUACACAAGGAUCGAAUGGGAAGGCGUUCCUCAAGCUGUGACAUUCUCAUACCCUUAUAUUAUGGCGUUUGAUCCUCGAUUCAUCGAGGUCCGACACGUAGAAACUGGCCAGUUGAUUCAAAUUUUAACAGGUGAGAACAUUCGCUGUCUGCACUAUCGAUAUAAUAGCCAUGAUCACACGCCACCGAUCAUCCACGGUUGCAUGACUCUAACAUCCAAAUCCAACGAGCAAACCAUAUUCCAUCUGACAGUCCAUCCACCCUUAUCCAAUCAUAUUUCCCCUCCAUCCUAAGAUGCUGUAAUGUUGCCUGUUCUCAUAAUACUCCUCAAUUCAUCAACAGUCAUAAUGAUUUAUUAAAUCCGCAUCAAUUCUUCCAUUCUACAAAUUAUCUAUUGUAUAUGCAGCAUACAAAGUUUUUGUAUGUGAUAAGUUAGCGUUGAUUUUUUAUACGUGUUGUCACCAAUGAUCA